AUGCAUUACAAACAUAUUAUUGCCGCCCUGGUGGCAUUCGGCUCUUUAGCUGCGGCCGCACAAGACUCGAAGGUCACAGAUAGAGGCAAGGGUCAGAGCGAAAACCAAGGCCAAGGCAGGAACAACAGCAAGAACAGCAACGGAAACAACAAAAACAGGGGCAAGAAGGACGACAACAGCAACAAUCGCAAUGGCGACGUCAAUAUUAUCCAGAACAUCAUCAAGCCCAACAUCAUCGUCGUCCAGGAGAACCUCGACAAGGUCGACCGGCUGCAACGGCAGAACGAGAAGCAGCUCGCGGCACUGGUCCAGUCACAGCUCGCGCUGGAGACGCAGCUGCAGACCGUCAAGGACAACAUCCGAAUCAAUCACUUCAAGGCGCAAUUUCCCCAGGCGAACACAAUCAUCGUCACCGUCACCGGUCUAGUCGACAACAGAAACCAGGGGCAGCAGAACCAGCGGUACCUCGUCAACCAGCUCCUGGCCGACAACGGCUUGCCGGGGAAGCAGGCUCUCGUCAUGGUCACGGACCCGACGCCCAUGCAAAUCUCGACGCUGAAGGCGGCCUCCUUACAGGCUGAUGCCUUUGGGGCCGCCCGUGUCGAGUUGGAAAACCCCCCGGCAGCCGGAUCCAACAAUUCGGACUUUAGCGCCCAAGCUGUCGGCGGCGGCGGUGACGACGACGACGACGACACACUCAAGCUUGCCACCUUCAGCCAACAAGCACCCCUCGGCCAGAUCGGGCAAUCCAUCAUCCUUCCCGCCGGCACGCAGGCCCCGCGGCUGGCCUCAGUCCCCGACCCGGCCGCCAUCAUCCUUCCCGGGCAGCAGGGCCUCUUCGUGCAGAACGCGGGGACGUUCCUUGCCGACUGCGCGACGUCAGCGGCGGGCGGCAACGCCGCCCUGGCCGGGCAAAUCUUCUCGUCGUUUGAGCAACUCGCCGCCGCGCAGUUGGCAGGGCUUUCGGGGCUGGGCAUCUUCGAUGGGAACCGAGGGAACAGCACGGCGCAGGCACCGCCGUCGCCGGCAGCUCAGGGACAACAGCCGGGGGGCCAGAACCUGGGAUCUAUCGCGGUCGGUGCGAACCAAGGACAGCCCGCGGCCGUUCAACCACCCGCGCAAGUCGCGACGCCUCCUCAGGCGAUCGUUCCGCCGGCCCAGGUGCAAACGGACGGCGGACAGUCGUUGGGUGCUAUCGUGGUGGGAGCGAACCAGGAGCAGCCGCCGGCUCAAGUAGCGGCGCCGGCCUCAGGCGAUGCUCCGGCCCCACAGCCGCCUGCGGCCGUCGCCGAUGAAGCGAACCAAGCGGUCAGUCCGGUGCAGAUCGGGAAAAAUCCCGGAACGGCACCACCGUCGGGGAAUAACGGGGCUACUCAGCCCCAGUCCGCUCCGGCCCCGGUCCCGCCUGCGGCUGUUGUUGCUGGUGCGAAUCAGACGAAGUCGGCGACUUAG